GCAAAUUACGUGAGGAGAGAGAACCUGGGGGAGGCGUCCGUCAUUCCGAUCACGCAACUCCGGUCGACAUGCAGAUAUAAAGGGGACUGCAGCACCACCGGACUAAAGUAGUCAUUCCUUUGAUAACCAAGUCUUAUUGCAAUAAUUUCUAUCCAACAUGAAGGUUGCUUCCAUUCUCACCCUGCUUGCGGGCAUCGCCACCGCAGCCCCGGUGGCAGAGCCGGUCGAGGCCCGUCAGUUGUUCGGUGGUGUCGGCAUGACUGCUACCGAGUUCACCGAUGGUGGCUGCAAACCGAUCAUUUUCAUCUUCGCUCGUGGUUCGACCGAGCCGGGUAACUUCGGAUUUAUCGCCGGGCCUAACACGGCCGACACCCUCAAAGAAAUCUUCGGCGCGGGGAACGUCGCCGUGGAGGGCGUCGACUACCCAGCGUUGUUGACCACCAACUUCCUCCCGUCGGGCGGUGACCCCACUGGUGUCAGUGACAUGAAGGCGAAGCUCCAGAAGGCUGCCAACUGCGAGGGUUCCAUCAUCGUUGCCGGUGGCUACAGCCAAGGUGCCGCCAUCACCCACGAGGCCAUCGAAGGCUCCCCCGCACAAGUCGUUGAACGCAUCGCCGGCGUCGUCACCUUCGGCGACACCCAGAAGCUGCAAUCCGGCGGCAAGAUCAAGGGAAUCCCACCGCAGAACUUCAAGAUCAUCUGCGCCACCGGCGACCUCGUCUGCUCCGGCACCUUGAUCAUCACCGUGGCCCAUCUGACCUACAGUGUGGACGGGGAGGACGCGGGAAACUUCCUGGCGGACCGCAUUCGCGCGGCGCAGAGCAGCGGCGGCUCAUCCGGCGGGUCGACCGGCGGGUCGACCGGUGGCUCGACUGGUGGCUUCGACGGCAGCAGCAGCGAGGGCCUUGGCGCCAGCGGCGGUGGGAUUUUAGGAGGCUUCAGCCUCUUCGGCGAGAAGUAAAUAUUUCGG